UAAAAUGUCGUGAUAGUUUCCCCACUCGUCCGAUUCCGAACUCGGUUUCAACCUUUUCAACGCAACAGCAGCAGCACAGCAACCAAAUACGGACAGAUAGACCGACUCAGAGACCGACUGGCUUCGGGCACAUAGCAAGCAGCGCCUUACCACAUUGUUGGUGAUACGAGAUUUGAGAAAGGGUCGGAACACGAAAUCCUCGUCGUCGUCACCUUCGAAUUGCACACAGUUCUCCCCUACCGCCUGAACACAUAUAUAGUACAUGCUAAGCCCGGAGGAAUUCAUACCCCAGGCGGUGGGGGCCCGCCUCCCCGUCAACAAAGUAUCGGUCGUCAACGGCGAGGAACAACAGCAUUGGCAGAAAGCCGAGAUUCUAUCUAUCCGUAAUGACGAACCAAACAGCAAACAUCCCGUGGAGUUCUACGUCCAUUACGAAGGGUUCAACAAACGAUUAGACGAAUGGGUACCGCUUUCCGCUCUUGAUCUGUCCAAAGUCAAGUUCGGGAAAACACAGAAAAAAUCAGCUCCUAAUGCCGUGCCUGGAGCAAAAGGCACGACCGUGGCAGCCCCGCCCGUUACGCCGAGUGGGAACCCGGCUUCGAGAGUAGAAGGGAGUGGGUCCGGCGCUGCGUUUGGCGUUCCGCACAAUGCCAUCGUACCGCAGAAACGAAAACGGCCAGACCGGGACCGGACGCCGUCGGAAAAGCAGUCGCAGGCGACACCCAUGGACACGACGAGCGAGCAGGCUAGCCAGGAUGCCGGCAAUGUGGAGGGAGGCGAAGGCGGAGAGGAAGGCGGGGAAGAGGAGGACACGUUCUCGAAAGAGAAGGAGCUGGAGAAGCUGCGCGUGGGCGGGUCCAUGACCCAAUGUUUAACGGAGGUUGCUCGUUUGAAGAACAUCAACAAGAUCGUGAUGGGCAAAUACGAGGUGGAGGCGUGGUACUUCUCCCCUUAUCCCGAAGAGUUCUCGCAACUUCCGCGCAUCUACCUCUGCGAGUUUUGCCUGGAAGCAGUAGGAUCCGCACGGCAGUUUGAGCGGCAUCGCGCCAAAUGCACGCUCCGGCACCCACCCGGCAACGAAAUCUACCGCGACGAACAAUCUCACAUCUCGUUCUGGGAGAUCGACGGCAAGCGGCAACGUCAAUACUGCCGUAACCUCUGCCUCCUCUCAAAACUCUUCCUCGAUCACAAAACCCUCUAUUACGACGUCGACCCAUUCAUGUUUUACAUAAUGACCAGCAGCGACAACGUCGGACAUCACUUCCUCGGCUACUUCUCCAAAGAGAAACACUCCUCCGAGGACUACAACGUCGCAUGCAUCCUCACCCUCCCGCAACACCAACGCAUGGGCUACGGCAAACUGCUCAUCCAGUUCUCCUACGAAUUGUCCAAGAUCGAGAAAAAGACCGGGUCUCCCGAGAAACCCCUCUCCGACCUCGGGCUCCUCUCGUACCGCUCCUACUGGGCAGACACCAUCCUCGAGAAGCUGUACGAGUACAAGGGCGAGCUCAGCAUUCAGGAACUCAGCGAGGAGACGAGCAUCACACCUGAUGACAUCAUGCAUACCCUACAGGCACUGGACUUGAUCAAGUACUACCGUGGGUUGUAUGUGAUUUACUUGAGUCAGGGGAAUAUGCAGCACCAUGAGAAGAAUGUGGCGAAGAAUCGGACGAGGAUUGAUCCGGCGAAGUUGCAUUGGACGCCGCCGAAAUUUACCGCCAGUCAGUUGAGAUAUGGCUAUUGAGUGGAUUGAACGAGCCAAAUCCAAGACCGUCGGCAAGACGAAGGGGGAUAGGGCCAGUCAACCUAAUCAAAUCAACCCUCCCCUCGCCCAAAUACCCGUCCCCUGUCCCCCAAUCCCUAUCUCCUUUGUACAUUUUGUUCUUUAAUUUUUGGGCUACUGAAGUAGCGGAUGGAAAAUGAUUUUUUGUCCAUUAUGACUGUCCGUCGAAUGUAUCGGG